AUGGCAGAACAGAUUGCCACUAAAUUUCUUGAGGAACUCAAGAAAAUUAAAGCUGGAGUGAUAAAAGCAGCGGACGAAGUGACUACGAAAACGGAAGCACACGAACAAGAGCAACUGGCAAAAUUUCAAAAGUGUCUUGAAAGUAAAACAAAAAUAACCAAUGCAGAAAUUUCCCAUUUGGAAUUGAGGGCAGAGCUAAAAAGUUUGACCAAUGCACAACAAGAAAUUGCUGCUGCUAAAGUGAUAGCAGUAGCAGCAGAGAAACACGAGCAGGCUAAGAAUGACGAGCUCGAAAAGAAAGUUGCAGAUCUGCGUCGAGCUGAAUUAGAUGAGGAAAAGGGUCAAAAUAUAAAGGAUAUGUACCAGGACAUGUUGGAGAAACUUUCUGAAAUGCAUACUGUAUCUCGGCUAUCGCAACGAGAGGCUUUAACAAACGAGCGUGUUGCGCUAGAAGAGCAAGGUACAUUUCGGACAUGUCUACAUUCUUUUUCAAGAUUAUCAAACUAG